AUCGAGCAAAACAAGUAACGGCCCGAGUUCAGCCGAGGAGCCCGGAGCGAAGGUGAGUUAUAAAUCACCUUUAGACGUGUAUCUGUUACGGAGAGGGACAGUCUUUGUAACGUGUUCGUAGCUGAUUAAGACGCGAGCUCGCCUCGGAGCAGGACAGUGGGCCGAUAUGUUGCCUGAUAAAGAUGGACCGAACGGCGGCGGAGGGGUCCAGGAUGGUCCCGGGACAGAAGACCCUUCAGUGACCCUGUUCAGAGAAUACCUGCGGCUGAAGACGGUCCACCCAGAGCCUGACUACGACGGCGCUAUCAGGUUCCUGGAGCGGAUAGCAGAGGAGCUGGCUCUGCCCAUGAAGAAAGUGGAGUUGUGUCCGGGGCGAGUCGUCGCGAUCGUCUCGUGGGUCGGGAGCCGGCCGGAGCUGAAGUCUGUGCUGCUGAACUCUCACACCGACGUGGUGCCGGUUUAUGAGGAGCACUGGAGACACGACCCAUUCGCUGCUGUUAAAGACGAGCAUGGCAACAUCUACGGCCGAGGAUCUCAGGAUAUGAAAUGUGUCACAAUACAGUACAUUGAAGCCAUUCGCAGACUGAAGGCGGCUGGGAAGAGAUUUUCUCGCACUGUCCAUUUAACAUUUGUCCCAGAUGAGGAGGUCGGUGGUCACAAAGGAAUGGAGACGUUUGUGAAGCUCCCUGAAUUUCAGAAGCUGAACAUUGGUUUUGCCCUUGAUGAAGGUUUGGCAAACCCAACCAAUGCCUAUACUGUGUUCUACGGAGAAAAGAACCCCUGGUGGAUCACAGUCCGUUGUCCAGGAAGUCCGGGUCAUGGUUCGAGGUUUGUGGAGAACACUGCAGCAGAGAAACUAAGGCGAGUUAUAAACUCCUUCCUGGAGUUCAGAGAGAAAGAGAAACACAGGCUGAACACCAAUGAGUGUUUUACCCUGGGUGAUGUCACCACUGUUAACAUGACUAUGGUGAAAGGGGGCGUGGCUUACAACGUCGUUCCUGCGGAAAUGGAUGUCAGUUUUGACCUGAGAAUCCCGCCCACCAUUAACCUGCAGGAGUUUGAAGAGAAGAUAAAAGCCUGGUGUAAAGAAGCUGGUGAGGACGUGACAUAUGAUUUUGCACAGAAACACAUGGACCAGAAUUUCACCUCCACGGAGGAGAGCGACCCCUGGUGGCACGCGUUUAGCUCAACCUGCAAAGCCAUGAACGUGACUCUGAAAAAGGAGAUCUUCCCUGCUGCCACAGACAGCCGCUUCAUCAGGGAAGUGGGCCUCCCUGCCAUUGGCUUCUCUCCGAUGAAUCUCACUCCCAUCCUGCUUCACGAUCAUAACGAGUAUCUGAAUGAGCAGGUGUUCCUGCGGGGCAUCCAGGUGUACGAGCGCCUGGUCCCGGCUCUGGCCAGCGUGCCGCCUCUGAGCGGAGAAGAGUAGAGGAUCUCGCUCUUCUCCUGCUUCUGCUCCUCGCGGUUCUGAGUCAAGACGCUGAUUCCCGCACAUAUCGACAAAUGUACCUGCCAUAACACCAAAGAAUGGGCUGAUCCCGUAUAAAGAAGAUCACCGCUACGUUUGCUUUAAUUAACUCAGGAGCUGCUUUCUUUUAACGACGUCUUAGAUAUGCUUUUAAGUCUUAUUUGUUAGCUGAUGAAAACUUGUUUUAAUUCAUAAAGUGUAAAAUUAACACACUUAAAUUAGACGGUUCGUGUCUCCGAAAAAUUUCAACGAGAGACUGAAACUGUAUAGCUGCGCUUGUUAUAGAUGCAUUAUAUUUUUUUAAUACAAAUGAUUUUGAUGCAAAUACGUAGUUACAGUAUGUAAACUCAAAAUGCGUAUGGUUUAUUGAUUACUAUGAUACUUAUAUUGCACAGUAAUUAGAAUCAGUCACAUUUCAUGAUUCAUGUUUCCUGAAAAUCUCAAUAUUGAUGUGGUUGACCGGUGCUAAUGUGCCCUCCUGAUUAAAGUUAAGGGGCAAUACAUCAAAUAUAUCUGAAGUGUUAGUUUUAUUAUUUUUAAUACAUGGAGAGUGACUUUAAAUAAUAAAUAAUACAGCUUUAAAGAUGA